UCUAUAAAGACGAGAUGCAGUCCAACUGCCUUUGACAUCAUACACAGCAUUCAUAUUACAAUAGUUAAUUUUUCACUCGCACUUCAAAAGACACGCUCUGCUCUGUGGUUGAAUGCGACUGCUUGUGACCGAAAAGGAUUCAAAUAAAGUGGAAUGAGUUUGGGUUUCUCAUUCAUUCAGAUCAUUUUAUGAGUUGUAAGCAGACGGACUGAGGACAGUACAAUUGUCUUGAAUGACAUUGGAUUACACUGUUUCGGAAUAGGACUGUUUUUAUUUUCAGGGUAGCUACUGACCGGAACGCUUGCUUUUGCGCUUCUCCACACCGCCAUCGCUGCUGGUCCGCGCAGCUCGUGUUGCAGGAGCGAGACAGAGCCGGUGAACAGAUGGCAGCUCUGACGAUACAACGGACUGACAACUUUCUGCACACUUUUUUACAGGACCGGACCCCCAGCUCGUCCCCAGAGGGAGCCCCCAACGCCCUGUCCUUCUUGGCCACCACCUGUAGCCAGGCCUGGCAGGUGGGGGGGACGGUUGUGGGCGGCACUGUGGGCUCCACGGUGGGCUCUGAUGGUUCCCAGUUUCCCUAUGAGGGGUCCGUGAGGGUGGGCGCAGCCUCCGGGAUGUUCCAACUGUGGAGCAACGAGGUGGCGGUGGCCCCUAGUUCUAGUCUCAGUGCCUCCAGCCUCACUGCAGCCGCGGCCGCCCACCAGGCCAUGACGUUAACGGUGCCUAAGGUCCAGUUCCCUGUUGGACGUGGACACAGUCUGCAGUCUGGCCUGGGUCCUCACCCCCACCCCCACGCGCUCCACCAUCACCACCACCAUCACCACCACCACCACGAGCUGCCCCUGACUCCGCCGGCCGAGCCUCCGUCCGCCUACUCCUUCGAGCUCUCUCCAGUCAAGGUCCUCUCGUCCCAGAGCCAGGGCCCAAACGGGCCGCCCUACUACCCUCAACACAACGCGGUCUCUGUGGGACAGAACUUCCCCAGCUUCUUCCAGAACUCUGUCUCUUCUGCCAGGCACCAUCUAUCCGGUGGACACCACCACGUUGGGGAGGAUGGCCAGCAGGGUUGGUGGAGCCUCCCCCAGACCACUGGCCACAGCAGCUCCUCUAACCACCCCCAUACCUUCUCCCUGGGCCGGCAGCUGGUCCUGGGUCAACAGCCCCAAAUCACAGCCCUCCUCCAGGGCACCUCCAAGGGCCUGUUAUCCUCCACACGCCGCUGCCGUCGCUGCAAGUGCCCCAACUGCCAGGCCAACGGCGGGGGACUCGAGUUUGGCAAGAAGAGACUGCACAUCUGCCACAUCCCAGAGUGCGGCAAGGUGUACAAGAAGACGUCUCACCUGAAGGCUCACCUGCGCUGGCAUGCCGGGGAGAGACCGUUCAUCUGCAACUGGCUGUUCUGCGGGAAGAGCUUCACGCGCUCCGACGAGCUACAGCGCCACCUCAGAACACACACCGGGGAGAAGAGGUUCGGAUGCCAGCAGUGUGGGAAGAGGUUCAUGAGGAGCGACCACCUCUCCAAACACAUCAAGACUCACCAGAGCAGGAAGAGCCGGUCCGGUGGGAACACGUCAGACUCUCUAUUGGCCAAUAUCAAGAGAGAGUAAAGCAGACUAUGAGGGCCGCAUUAUAGAGCCAAGAGAUUGCAAUGUGUGACUGUACUGUAACUAACUGCCACAGACCCUCUGAGAGAGAGUGGAGCGAACCAUAAGGACAGACUAUACACUCUAGCAUAUUCUGUUGUCGUGACCAUUUCCAGACUGUCAACGAAAUGUUUUUGAGAGGUAUUUCAUAACAAGGGAAGCCAAGUCAGUGGCGAGGUUUAGGAUUUGUCUAUGUAUACAGAUCAUUCACUGUGAUGGGCAUUUCUAGUUAUCACACAAAAUGUUCUCCCAUAGCAAGAUCAAAGGCACACUUUCCCCUUAAUGAUGACAUGGUUCCAACAGUGAUCAUCUAUCAAAGUCCAAGGUAUUCAUUUGAUUUAGAUUUCAUUUGUAAUAUUAAAAUGUAAAUAAUUCAGCAAAUGUGUAAGAUGCAAAUAAUCAACUUUCUGCAUGUUUCACCUUUUAGAAUCUGGAAAUGUUUUUGUUAAUAAAAUGUUAGUUACCUGAAGAGGAAAAUGUUUCUGAAGUAAGUAUACCACACAUUGGCUGAUUUUAGAAAUGUCCUGUUUGGCCAGAUGUAUACAUUGAUCUGACGGUUGAUUGGCGGGAUCAGUGUUAAAAUGUUUUAUUAAUGGAUAUAAAACCUGUUUAGCUCAGUUUUCAUCUCUUGUUGAAAUUGAUUCAUGUUAUUUCAUUAUAAUGUGAAUUGCCAUUAAUAUACUGUAGAUACAAACCAAAAUUUGUAAGACUUUGUAAAUAAUGUAUAUAUUUAUUUCACGCACAACCUUAUUCAAUUUAAGACCGCAUGUAAAUUUGAAUAAAUGUAAAUUCCUUGC